AUGGACUCCCAACAGUUCCGAGAAGCGGCCAUCUCGUCCCUUGACCAGAUCGUCAAAUACUAUGAUACGCUUGAGGAUCGGCGGGUCUUGCCUACCGUUGAGCCAGGGUAUCUGAAAAAGCUGCUGCCGGAGGAGGCCCCGCAGAACGGUGAGACAUGGGCCGAUAUCCAGAGGGACAUUGAAACGAAGAUAUUGCCCGGGAUCACACACUGGCAAUCUCCCAACUUCUUGGCAUGGUUUCCCUCCUCAAGUAGCUUCCCGGCGAUGCUGGGCGAGAUGUACUCCACCGCCUUCACCGGCGCGGCUUUCAACUGGAUUUGUUCCCCCGUGGUAACAGAGCUAGAGACCAUCGUGUUGGACUGGUUGGCACGGGCCUUUGCGCUGCCAUCCUGCUACCUGUCGACGGGCCCCACGCGCGGAGGUGGUGUGAUUCACGGCACAGCAUCGGAGGCCAUUGCGACGGUCAUGGUCGCGGCGCGGGACAAGUACCUGCGCGAGGCGACGGCUCACAUCACCGACGAAGAGGAGCGCGAAGAUGCCAUUGCGUUACGGCGCACAAAGCUGGUGGCACUCGGUAGCGCAGCGACACAUUCGGCUACGAAGAAGGCGGCACAGAUCACGGGCGUCCGGUUCCGCGCUGUCCCCGUGCAUGCCGAAGACGGGUACAGAAUGACGGGUGCAGAGCUGCGCAAGACCAUUGAGGGACUACAUGCCAAGGGACUUGAGGUUUUCUACAUCACAACAACGCUCGGUACGACGGAUACCUGCGCCAUAGACGACAUGGACAGUAUCGCUGAUCUUCUCGACGAAAUCGCGCCGGCGGCAACACUGACGCCCGAACAGAAGCGGGACGGCCAGGGCGAGAUCUGGGUCCAUGUAGAUGCGGCCUACGCGGGCUCUGCCCUCGUGUGUCCCGAGUACCAGCACCUGACGCCCGUGCUCGCUCGCUUCCACAGCUACAAUGUAAACGUGCACAAGUGGCUGCUGGUCAACUUCGACUGCAGCCUCCUGUACGUGCGCGACCGCAACUGGCUAAUCGACGCGCUAAGCGUCAACCUCGCCAUCCUCAAGAACGCCCACACGGAUAGUGGGCUCGUGACCGACUACCGGGACUGGCAGAUCCCUUUCGGUCGCCGCUUCCGGAGCCUGAAGGUAUGGUUCGUGAUUCGCAUGUACGGCAUCAACGGACUGCGGGCGCACGUUCGCAAACACAUCAAGCUAGCCGAGGACUUCGCCGGCAUGUUGCAGACCCGGCCUGACCUAUUUGAGAUCGUCACGGGCCCGCGGUAUGCGCUGACUGUGUUCAAGCUGAAGCACAAAAGCCGGACGGCGACGGUUGAGGAGGUUAACGCCCUUACGAAAAAGUCGUACGAUGACGUGGUGGCUGAGGGAAAGAUUUUCCUGUCGAGCACCGUUGUCGGAGGCGUGUUCGCCAUACGACAUAACCCUGCGACGCCGUUCGUCGAGGCACAUCAUGUUAAGAAGCACUUCGAGAUUCUAGUUGCUGCCGCCGAGAAAGCACUCGUUGAGGCUUGA